AAUCACCCCGCUCGGACAAUCUUAUUUUGGCACGAACGGGAUCGUUUUCCCACAGCAAGACUCUUGAGAAACAAUGGCGCGUUCGUCUCUGCGAUCGUUCUGGAUCCGCACGGGAACGGGUGGCUAGCUUGAGCUACGAUCGCUAAGUCGCAGCCGCUGGAGCUACGAUCACCAGCGCAGGGCCGCCGAGGUACACUCCCGCCGAGGACAGAGCGGACGGUGGGCACGGCUCGAGGGGGAUCGCGAGGUCGUUUGUCCCUUUUCUUCUCAAUGUUACAGCCCGCACGUCAUGUACACGCGUGGGCCUCGCUACUUUGCUUCUCGUGGAGUCUCUGACUUUGUGUACCGCCACCAACACUCCAGGAUAGUCGUUGUUUUAUUGUUUUAUAUCAGCUCCCACUACAGCCAGCACAGGAUCUCGCCACUCAAUUAAAUGCUUGGAUCUUUAUUUUUAUUUUUUUUGUUGUUGUUAAUCCUGGAGCCACUUAAAACAAAACCUAAUGAAGGAGAAAUAACGUGGCAGAGUCGUAACUUUAUCACUGCGUUAUUUAACUUGUGCGAGGUGGAGAAUGUUAAUAGACUAAUUGAUUGCAUUCCUCCCUUUCUGGAAACAUCAGCAGGAAGGUUAAGCGGCCAAGCUGACAAAACUACCAGGCGUCUAAUCUGCUGCUUUUUGAUGUAAAAAUAUGUAAAAGAAUUUAGUGUGUCCCUAAAACAAGCUGUGGAGCUUCGCCUAUGACCAAAGACAAUCAUGAAGAGGAUGAUGAUGAAGAAGAAUGCCUAAAAAUGUGGUUGAAAGCGGGUUUUCAAAAGGAGGAAGUGAUGUGAUCCGAGUUGGAGAGAUCGGACGAUAAAGCGUCUUCGCUGGCUGGUUUUCAUAUGAUGUAAUCUAUUGGGAAAGCCGGAAUGUCGGUGGAAAUGGGUUGGAAUGAUCUGGAAGGAGGGAGAGGUCCCAGACCUCAUAGGUCUAGGUCUGGAGUGGUUCAUGGGCCAUGAUAUUUUAACAUUUCAGCUUAAUCCUUUGUGAUUUUUUUUUUUGAUUUGAUAUGUGAAAUGAUAAACCACCUUCUCGUUAGCCUCAUAAUGCAUACUUUAUAAAGUGCACAUUAAGUCUCAUGUGUGAUUUUGGUUUUCCUUUCAUGCUAAACAAUCUUUUUUUUGUGUAUACAAUUAUUUAUCUUUUUCCAUUAUUUAUUUUUCUUUGGAUGGAUCAGUAUCUCGCUGAUUUACCUUUCACAAGACAUUCACAUUCCUCCAUCAUUCUGGUCAUACUUGAUUAUUUUCUUCUACUCUUUUGAUUUAUUCAAGGGCUCUUUCAAAAUGGUGGCCUCCUCCCCUUAAAAAAAGAUGCAUGUUUACAAAGCGAUCGAACCCUGAGGUCAACGCACGGGAACGUAGAUUGAGUGAACUAUGUCGGAAAACAAGUGUUGAAAAUACUCUUCGACCAUUCGACAUACAAGUGCCACUAUAAACUCAUGCUUCGUCAUGGUUUCAGUUGAUGGUUUUAAAAUGGCCUGACUAGAUCCAACUUCUUUUCUGCUAAUUUUAUUUGUAUUUCUAUCUUGAACUAAAGAUUUGGUGUGUUGCCAUUUUUAGUUUUAGCAAGAACUACAAUUGAAGCCUGAAGUGAUUUCACAAAUUGCUCAAUUCAUGUCACAUCUCACUGGGGGGAACACACAAAAACAUUUAGACAUGCAUGCCCGUUUAAUGUAAUCAUCUUUUAAGACUUUCUGCAUAUCUUUUCAUUAACUGCUAGAUUGUAUUUGGAGUUCAUGUCAACCAAUGUUCGUUGAAUAUAGUUGACAUCUCAUCCUUUCAACACAUUCUGAAGUCUUCAACGUAUUGGCAGUUUGGAAUACUGUAUUUUAUAUUUUCAAACCGGCUUUUCUUUCUUUACUUUUUGAAGCACUAGUUAAAAAAAUACUCGCUAACACAUUGGCUUUUAUUUGACAAUUUAUCAGAGGGAAUGUUUGGCCGUGUUUCUUGCUAGUUUGUGACGUUGCAUGUUUCUGACGGUUAUGAUGGGGGUCAUGGUUAUGAUGAUGUUUUGCUUUAGAGGAAUUAUAUAGAAAGGAAGAAAGCAAGAAAGUGCCUAUACUGGCAACUUGGCAAGUAUGGUAGGCUAGUAUUUAUUCAAAGCUGCCUUUUGUCAGUUUUUAACAAGUGCAAACAAUUACAAUGAUUUUAGCAGUUUAAAAAUAAAGGGUUUGCAAUCCGCAAAUUCUGCAACAUUUAAUCCAAGUAUAAUUUAGACGUGUGUAUUUCACAAUAUCUUCAAUGUAGUUUGUACAUUUGGGUGGAGAGUGGAAUGUAACCAUAUGUUUGAACUUAAUUUAUAUUUUCUUUAUGUUUUGUCGAAAGUAAUAAAGGUAUAAAGGCAGUGGUCGCUAUACGUGUUCUUUCUUGCAUUCAUGUGACAUGACGGUUGAUUUGUCACAAAGGAUUAGUAAAUCAAUUGUCUUGUGCAACCAUCAGAGGGAAGACUCGUUACCGUACUCCCACUAUAGAUCCCCUUUGCAGAAAUGUACUUUAUGUUUAGACGUAGUGUUGUUUACCUUUAAUGUCACUAAACCAACAACUAGUAGGCCUAUUCCCUCAACGUAAUGCCUUUACUUUGUGUAGAUUUGUCACUUUUAAAUAAACCAUAGCAAACCGCCUUUAAAUAAUGCUGGCUCUUUGGUGUAAGACAUUACGGUAAAGACACAAAUAUUAAUCUGCUCUGAAUUUAAAUUCCCACUCCUCCUCGGUAAACUACUGAAAAGUAUUUUGCGCAAUGUCUAUCGUGCUUAGAAGGUUCCUUUCUACCGACUCGGCCCCGGCGGCCAUCGGACCAUACAGCCAGGCGGUGGUGGUUGGUAGAACCAUGUACAUCUCCGGUCAGAUUGGACUCGACACGGUCUCUGGUCAGCUGGUGGAGGGAGGAGUCCAGGCCCAGGCCAAGCAGGCACUCACCAACAUGGGAGAGAUCCUCAAGACUGCUGAAUGUGACUACAACAACGUGUGUAAGACCACCGUGUUGCUGGCGGACAUUAAUGACUUCAACGCCGUCAACGAAGUCUAUAAGACCUUCUUCACCAGUCACUUCCCUGCCAGAGCAGCCUACCAGGUCGCUGCUCUACCCAGGGGUGCUCUUGUGGAGAUUGAAGCGGUGGCGGUAACGGGACCCAUCAGUGAUCAAUGACUAGACGGCCCCCUGAUACACAAGUUAUAGUAGACACACACACACACACACACACACACACACACACACACACACACACACACACACACACACACA